AUGGACAAACACAACCUAACAGUGCUGAAUGAAUUCAUUCUGUUGGGAAUCACAGACUGCCCUGAACUGCAGGCUCCAUUGUUCGGACUGUUCCUCAUCAUCUACAUGAUCUCAGUGGUGAGCAACUUGGGCAUGAUCAUCCUCACCAAGAUAGACUCUAGUCUACAAACUCCUAUGUACUUUUUUCUCAGACACCUGGCUAUCACUGAUCUUGGUUAUUCAACGGCCGUGGGACCCAAAAUGUUGGUAAAUUUUGUUGUGGAUGAAAAUACAAUCUCUUAUUAUUUUUGUGCUACACAGCUAGUUUUCUUUAUUAUGUUCAUAACUAGUGAAAUUUUUAUUCUGUCAGCAAUGUCUUAUGACCGCUAUGUGGCCAUCCGUAAUCCUCUGCUCUACACUGUCAUUAUGUCACAAAGGAUGUGUUGGGUGCUGGUGGCGAUUCCCUAUGUCUACAGCACACUUAUUUCCAUUCUAGUAACCAUAAAGAUUUUUAAUUCAUCCUUCUGUGGCUACAAGGUCAUCAGGCAUUUCUACUGUGACAGUCUCCCUUUGUUAUCUUUGCUCUGCUCAAACAUACAUGAAAUCAAAUGGAUCAUUCUCAUCUUAGCAUAUUUUGAUUUGAUUUCAUCCCUCCUAAUAAUUCUUGUUUCUUACAUACUCAUAAUUGCAGCCAUUCUCAAGAUGAACUCUGUUAAGGUUAAGCACAAGGCCUUCUCCACCUGUGGAUCCCACCUGACAGUAGUGAUAGUGUUCUAUGGGACUUUAAUUUUUAUGUACUUGCAGCCCAGUUCCAGCCAUUCCUUUGACACUGAUAAAAUGGCUUCCAUAUUUUACAUCCUGGUUAUCCCCAUGUUGAAUCCCUUGAUCUAUAGUUUGAGGACUAAAGAUGUGAAAUAUGCCUUACAUAGGACUUUAGGACAAUUAUGCAAUAUAUUUUCUCAAAGUUCACUAUAA